AUGGAAAGAUCUUGGCACAGUCCUCUGAAUAAAAGUGUUAGGCCGCUUAGAAUAGAUCAUGUUUGUAACACAUUAUCAAAUCCUGUUCUUCAGUCUAUGGUUCUUUCUCUGAAAUCAUUGCCAGUUAAUGUUAGCAGCGAAUUGCUCAGCAAUUUUAUAGAAAAUUCUGAACUUUUUACUGAGCACGUUGACAAAAAAUUGUUAGUCGUUAGUGAAAAAGAAAUCGGCUCAUAUUUAUUAGAACAAGUCCUCAUCACACUUUCAGACGAUAGAUUUGAAGAAAUUUUUAGCUUACAUUUUAAAGGUAAGUUGUUACACAUGGCAACCUCUCCAAUAGGUAAUUUUGUACUUCAAAGACUUAUCAAAAGCUCCAGAAAUAAAAAACAGGUUGCUAUUUAA